AUGUUGCGUGAGAACGGUUCUUCACCAAACGGAAUUUGGGACAUGAGGAUGGUAUAUGAUCAGAAGCGCAUGAUUAUUGGUUUGCACAAGAGAAUGAACGUUACGUUGUUUUUGGUGUGUAAUUUAGUGACUAAUCCCAGCUCAGCUUUGAUUUGUCCAAACAUCAAUGGGGUUGGAAGGAUGAGGUGUGAGUCGCGGAUUUGGCCACACUACGGCGCAGUGUAG